ACCGCCUGUCAUCAACAGUUGUUGAGACUCGCCCGACGAAUGAUUAGUUUAUUUACAAGAAACACAAAUACACGGUUGUGCCACUGUGGCAAACCAUUUGGUUUUGUUUAAUUGCGUGCUUAAUUAAUGUUCUACAAUGUUGAAACCUACGCGCCCCUUGUAUCUGGCCAAAACGCUGCCAGAACUCAGUAAACUCUGCACCAAUCAGUCUUAUGGCAAGAAACUACCAUUGUUAUACAGAGCUUCAGAUAAAUUAGCCCAGAAUGUAUUUGAUGGAAAUCUGGACCUUCCCGUGGAUGAGGAAAAGCUUUAUAUACUUGCAAUGCGUUAUAUUAAUCUUAUUAAUACAAUACGCGUCCAGGUACAUGAUGAAAAGUUCUUUUCAACAAGAUUUGCAUCCACCUUGAGGAAGGUUGAAGAGGUGAAGUUAGAGGUUCUAAAAUCACUUACUCUAAGAUAUGAUAUGCUCACAACACCAAAUAUUGCUGCUGGUGAGAUUAAAUCAGGGCUGUAUGAUGGUGGCAAUGCAGAGAAGCUUAACAAAUCAAAUAUUGUUAAGGAUAAUGAUGUUUAUAUCAGUCCUCAUCAGUUGUAUGCAUUAAUGAAUGAUAAAACAAUAAAGCUUCUCAUCAUGGACGCGCGACCAAGCAACGAAUAUGCCCAAUGUGCUCUUAAAUUCAACAAUAUAAUCUGUUUGCCUGAAGAAAUCAUUCACAAAGGUCUCUCAACAAACACUCUACAACAAAAAUUAUCACCAUCAACCUCAGAAAUAUUCAAAACUCGACACGAUUUCGACUAUAUUGUCCUAACAGACCUGGACACCAAUAAAAUAUCAUACCAAACAACAAAACUGCAUGAUCUACGAACAAUUCUAAUCGAAUGGGAUCCCGAGCAGCGAUAUCAAACUCUUCCACUUAUCCUCGAAGGAGGUGUACGUGGCAUGGCGGACAAUUACCCAACACUCCUAACAAACCCCGGCAAUAUUUUCAAUCAACUCUUUCAUCAAUUCGAUGAUUUAAUGAAGGACGACAUUGAAUAUCCAGAUGUUCAACUUUUGGAAUCGCCUGUUUCGAAACGUAUUCCACAUCAACCAGAUGAUUCAGGUUUCACAUCAGAAGAAUACAAUGAUUAUCCAGAAGAAGUACCAGAAGAAUUAGAAGUUCCUUCAGGUGAUAAACAAGUAUCUAUUCAUGCUGUAGCUCAAAGACUGCUCACAGUCUGUGAACAUCAAGUGGCACUUGAAGAGAAACUUCUUAAACUGACCAAAAAACGCUUGGAAACAAAACGCAAUGCAAUAACAGGUAGUUUAACGAAGAACGAAGCGCAUACGAUAUUAAACGAGAUCUCCAAAGAGAUAUCCCAGGCAGAAUCUUAUCGUUUGGAGAUAGAAGAAAGGCGGCGAUUGAUUCGUAAAGAUUUCGAUGACAAAUGUCAAUCGGAAGAUGUAGGCUACCUUGAUUACAUCUUCAAAGAUGUAUCAUCACUGGAAAAGAAACGAUUGUUGCGGUAUCAGAAACGAAAACUGUUAGAACACGAAGAAGCAGAGUUUGAUAAGAAUUCAUCGAAACCUGGCGAGCCUAAAUAUGACCCACGCUUGAAACCGAAGAGUUUAACAGGGUUGCCUAUACCGGACAGAUCAACUAAACCCCAAGCAGCCAACACACUCGAACUGGAAUUAAACGCAUUGAUACAAAACUUUCCAGAUUCUGGUAUAACAGGUCUCGUAAACAUCAAAAACACAUGCUAUAUGAAUUCUCUGGUACAAUGCUUGAGAUUCUGCCCGUCUGUGGCGUAUUUCUUCACGAUGCGCACCUUUCCAAUCGGUAGAUUAACCAAUUCUCUCUCAGACUUGAUGAAAAAACUAUGGACUGAAACUCGCGUUGCCAUUCGCCCGCAUAACUUUUACAAUGAAUGCUGUCAGUUGCAGUCACGCGAUUAUUCCACCGGUGAACACGAGGAUAUCCACGAGUUCUUUCUGAAUGUCACGAAUGCGAUGCAUAAAGAACUCGCGGAGCCUCUAGAAUCCUCUGGGGAUUGCACAUCGUAUCUCUUGGACUGGCACAAGCACUUCAAGAGUAAAAUUUCGUUCAUCAAACGUACUUUCUUUUACCAACUGGAGGUGACCACGAGUUGUUCCCGGUGUAAUUCACGAAUUGUCAAGUACGAGUAUGAUAACAAUGUGUUUUUGAGUAUGGAUUAUGAUCAACAGCGGCCAAUCAACGUGCAGAACGAGGUGGAUAAGUUGAUUUAUCCUAGCAAAGAUCCAUCCUCACAGAAAUACUGCUCGAAGUGUGAGGUGGAAAUGAAUAUUGCGCAUAGAGUCACGUAUUACCCCAAUGUUUUAGUGGUGAAUAUCAUGCGGUAUACUUAUAGUAUAAAAGAGAAGUGUGUGUUGCGGUCGUUGAAUGAGGCGUAUUUUCCGAUGGAGUUGGCGUUUGGCAGUGCACGGUAUAAUCUAAGCGGGAUUGCGUGCCACAGUGGGAAUAGAGAUCGAGGGCAUUACACCGCGUGUUGUUAUCAUCCCUCAGCGAAGAAAUGGAUCGAAUUUAACGAUGAGAAUUGCUCGGUGGCGAAUGUGAAAGAUUCCAACUAUCGAGUGAGAGCUUUCUUGUUAUUCUACUCGCUUGCGCCACAGUAUGACGGUAUAAACAGGCAGUUCUUCCAAAAAUGAUCAUGAUCAUGAAUCAGCUAAGAUUUUAGUAUAUUUGAGUUGGAAUGACUCGAAUAUAUGUAAAAUCAACACAUUGUGAUAUAUAUUCUACAGAUUAGUUUAUAACCUGCAUUUCUGUAUAUUUGUUUAGUCAUAUUGUUGAAUUUUAUUGUGAUUAUGAGUUAGCUCACUGUUGUUGUAUGCAAAUGAAUAAUUCAAAGUUUAAUUAACUAGUGAAUGAUGAAAAUAUGAGAAACUAUAUUUUAUUAUCGCAUAUAUUUUUAGUUUUAACGCGAAUGCCUUAUAAACUAACUUUUAAAGAAACUAUUGAGAAGUGAAACAUUGGAAACAAUUGAGAGUCUGUAUACAAAUUGUAUGGUUUUAUUGUAAUUUGAUGUGGUUUUUAACUUUGUAACAUCUUUCAAAGUAAUAAAGUUUAUAAAAAUACA